AUGGUAGAAUAUGUCAGACUGACACUGGCUAUUCUUGAUGCAGAAUGUGGACGCAAGCCGCGGCCGGGCGAGUCGUGGUGCCCCGUGUGCGGCGUGACGCUGCGCCCGGGCGAGCUCGAGGCGCACCUCACGCACGAGCUCGACAAGCUCGCCCGCCUCCCGCAGACGCGCCCGCUCUCGCAGAGGACGCCCACGCCCACCACCCUCGGCGGUCCACACGCCCUCGCCCUCGUCGUCGUCGUCUGCAUCAGAACUUACCAGCGCGUGCGCGCGGGCCGCCAGAUGCGGUCGCGGUCGAAGCGGCGACGGACGGCGGGGGGCGGCACCGACGGAGGCGACGGCGACGGCGAGGAGUGGCAGACCUGCCCCGUCUGCGACGCCCAUGUGGACGCCGACACCGCCGACGACAUGCGCGCCCACAUCGAGAGGUGUUUGAGGAAGGCCGAGGUGGAGUUCGAGGACGAGGAGGUGGACGUGGAGGGCGACGCGGACGACCAGUACGAGGAGUACGAGUGGUGCGGCCAGACCCGGGUGCGCGCCACGCAGAUGCUCCGGGCCGAGGGCCAGCUGCACGCUCUGGGCACGAAGGUGGAGCGUGGCAGCGAGGAUGAGAUGGUGGACGUGUGCGACGACGCCGACGACGCCUUCGGGCCGCGCAGUACGACGACUCGCACCUGCUGCGCCUCGCCACGACCUAGGCGAAGACCACCAGGAGGGCCAGGAGAACGACCGCCAAGAACCCGCAGAUGCAUAAUACGAGCUGCGAGAGUAUGGCGGUCUCGGAGUCCUCGCUGUCGCCGCCCACGCCCCCCUGCCGCGCCCAGCACCUGCGAAGAGAGCGUCGCCCUCGGGGACCACCCGGGCUGCGCGGAGGAAGAGGCAGCAGGUGACCCGCACUCCCUCGGUCGCUCGCCUUCGCCCCGCGCAGACCGCGCUUCGCAUCCGGACAGGAAGUUCAGCGAGGGCCUCGGCAGCACCGGUCCCUGCACCAGCAGCCUCCCUGUCUGUAGCAAUAACAACAGCAACGCCAGCAGCGGCGGCGCCGUGGUUGAGGCCUUGAGGGCGCGGGUGAAGGAGCUGGAGGAGGAGCGAAGGAGUGGGCGGUGCGCCUGUCGCGUGUGUCAUGGCGAGUACGAGAAGCCGCUGGUGUCGGUGUCCUGUUGGCACGUCCACUGCGAGCAGUGCUGGCUCCACGCCCUGGCGGCGAAGAGGCUGUGUCCGCAGUGCAGCAUCAUCACCUCAACAGCUGAUCUUCGUCGUGUGUAUCUCUGAAACGCUAUUGUGUGUAUAUGUCUGUUCUCAUAUUUUUUUAAUUUUUGUUAUCUUUUGAUAUGCUUUUCCAUUUUCUUUUGUUCCUUCGACUUCAUUUGUAUUUGUUUCGAAUAUUUUAGUUAUUUUAAGAUGAUAUAGUCGUCAGUGAGAUCGACAUAUUUCAUGCAAAAGGCUGUGAAUUAUGUCUUUCAAAGGUUUAUUAUUUCUUUUGCCGUUAUUCAUAAUUAUAAUUUAUUCAGUAAGUUUUUAUUUUUACUUCCCUUUUGGAAACGAGAGGAACU